CAUCAUGUUCAAGCGGUUGAGCGAGAAGUUCGUCAAGGCGCCGGUGAGGUCUCCGUCCGCGGAUGCCAAGGCAGAGGACGACGUGAGUCUCUUCGGCGAAGCGUCCGUUCCCUCUCGUACUGACAGCGGCAGUCAAAUCGUGUCGGCGGAAACGAUGGCUGCCGCGUCGGCAGCAGCGUCCGCGGCAGCGUCGGGUAUGUUUACUUUUAUGAAGAAGGCGCAGAGUGCAGCGACAUAUGCGGCAAAGGAAGGGUCUGCUAAGGUGAAGAAGGCAUUGGACGCUGCUGACAUGGACGCGCUCCAGCGCAAACUCAACCAUGCGCUCGACGGCACCGCGACAGUCGACAUAUCGUCGCUCAAUUUCACGUACGUCACGGACGACAUUGUCGCGAUGGGAUUUCCCACCAAGGGAAAUGGACACAAGAUGGGUCCCAUUAAGGAUAACCCAAUCGAUGCCGUCGCCAAGCACCUCAACACGGAGCACAAGGGGCAUUACAUGAUUUGGAAUCUCAGCGAGGAGUCGUACGACUACACGUGCUUUGACAACCAAGUGCUCGAGUUUUACUUUCCUGGACACCCCGCUCCGCCCCUAGGCUUGCUAUUCAAGAUCUGCGCGUCCAUUGAAAGCUGGUGUGCCGCCGACCCGAAGAACAUUGCAUGUAUUCACUGCUUGACCGGCAAGGGACGCACGGGAACUGUUGUCGCAUGUUACUUGGCUUGGGUGGGUCUGUUCGACUCGCCGAUGGAAGCGCUCCAGCAUGUCGGAGAUCGAUGUCGCACUCCAGUCGAGCGCUUGACGAUACCGUCGCAGCGGCGGUACCUUUCAUACUUUACCAACGUCCUGGACGGUGUCAAACCGCGCAGUGUCCCGCUCUUGCUGCGCCGCGUGAUCAUCAACCAGAUCCCGGUGUUUGGGUCCCGAACGACCGUCGAAGAAGAUGGGCUGACCGAGUUGGUCGAAGAAGGGUGUUGUCCAUACCUACAGAUCUUCAAGGGCGGGAAACUCAUGUUCACGACGACGUGGACAGCGGUGAAAGAAGGCACGGGCGUCCAGUGGGUGAGCACAUCGGACCUGUCGCUGAGCUUCCACGUCGACUGCAUGCUCCAAGGCGACAUCUUGAUCCGGUGUCGCCACCUCACCGACAGUGGUGGCCGCAUCUCGAUGUUCCGCGCCGCGUUUCACACGGGAUACAUUCCGAUGGGCAUUCUCCGCUUGACAAAGGGUCAGCUGGACGGCGCGUGCCAAGACAAUCGAUUUGCGUCCGACUUUUUUGUCGACUUGAUCUUUGCACCUGUCCAGUCGAGCCGUGGCAGCGACGGGACGUUGAGCGACGACGGCGGUGGACGCAGCGAAGGCGUCGCGCUCUCCGAGCAAGACAAGGAAGCGUACGACGAAAUGCUGAGCAAGGACGAGCGAUUCUGGACUGACAUUGACGAGCGCAAGGCGCGUAUGGUAGCCGCCGCCAAGGGAGACGCGUCCAAGAAAUCGAUCCCUGGCGCGUCGACGUUUAGCAUUGUGUCGGAACAAGAUGACAUUCACGUCGAGUACGAGCGAAAAGGCAGCUGGGACGAAAACUGCGACAAAGACUUGAUGGAUGCGCUGAAGGCGGUGCCGGCAGAACCCGCGGAUAUCGACGUGGCGGCGACGACGCGGCCGACGGACGUGAUGGUGGCGGCCGUCGAGUUUGAAAGCAAACAAGCCGAGCUCGACGACGACCGCCUGCUGGAAGACUUGAACCAGUUGAACGAAGUCGCAACGACAGCCGACGGCGACGCAUUCGACUUUGCAGACGAUGAUUUUGACGAACUGGAAAAGUAUUUGAGUACGCUAGCCACGAAAGAAUAAGCAGCUUGUUGUUGGACUCGUGGCGACUGUAGAGCACGAGAUGGAUGCA